UUACUUUGGCAUGACAUACGAUGAAACCGAUUAAAAAUCACAAGCUUAACCAAAGAAGACUGAAGAAGACUUGACAGUAGUGGACUGAUUGAAACAAAGUCCAUCAGCUUAACAAGGAUCGUUCAUGGAAUUCAAAUGCAAAUAAACACAUUCAUACUCUGAAUUCGCUCCUUCAGGACGGGACUCAAAUCGAUUGAUCCUUCUGGGCAAUCGCCAAUCCGUAAACCACGGAAUUUCAAAUAUGACGACGCGCAGGGGCUAGGCGCACUCACCCUCACGAAACUAAAACACAUACAGACGCCGCCACGCCGGCGCAUCCGUCGCAGGGUUACAGAAGCAGCAACGCCGGCGGGAUAUACAUGCAGCCAUCUAAGGAACAUUACCGGUGUUUAGAGAGAAGACAUGGGAGGAAGCUGAGAGCUCGAAAAUGGCGUGUAGAGGAUUUCUUCUUCUUCUUCGCUUGGACUGCGUAAUCGCGUUUACAGGUGGUUCGCAACGGAAAGUGGAGCACGGGGAAUCCGGUAGUCUCUGGUCCAGACUGAUAAUUUACUAAAUUCAGGUAGGAAGUGAUAAUUUAAUUUAAUUACUCCUUCCCGUCCUCUACUAAUGUUAUAGAAUGCACGAGUUAUGAAAAAUAAAAUUGUGUAGUUAAAAUUGAUACAAAAAAUGAUAUAUAAAUCAUACGGAGUAUAAAAUUUUCUAAUAUGGGAAGUCUAUCUUUAUUUUGGGAUAGAUAAAAAAUCUAAAAAUAUUUUUAAAUAUGCAAAACAUACCUUUAACAUCACUAGAUUCAUAGAUGUACCUUGCACGGGAAAAAAAGUUUCCAGAAUAAAAAUAACAAAAUAUUAGAGGUUUGCGAAUAAAAAAUUGUAAACCACUACAAUAUGCCAUUCUUGAAAUGCAACAUACAUUUGUUUAUCUAUUUAUUCAUUGUGUUAUAAAAAAGAAAGCAAAACAAAAGACUAGCUAAAGUAGGGAGUAUUCAAAUUUUUUAUGUUUUCUUAUCCCAUUUGUAUUUAUUAAUUCCAUAAUUUAAAUUUUGUCAUCCUUUUUUCAAAGUUAAUCAGUGAUUUAUUUAAUACAUAAGAAUUUCAGUCAAAAUUCACUUCAAUUCUCACUUAAAGCCUGUCUAGCUAGUCACGUGCUAGAGAAUACCCAAGAAUAUGGUUGUUAAAAAAGACGCAUAAUGAUGGUGUAAAUUAUCGAUCGGUAUAUCGUUUUAGCCCGGCUAAAACAAUAAACUGGUCUAAAAAAUACACCAAACUAUAAACACGGGGAUUUUUACGUGGAAACCCAAAUCGGGAGAAAACCACGGGCCUUUUUUGGCGGUACCUUGCCAACGGGGGAUUUUUAUUGAUAUCGGGGGUGUGUACACGGUACAAGAAUCGAGCUCGGAAGCCAUUAAUGGAAGCUUAAAAGCUUAUUGAAGAACAAAAACUAUAAAAUGCUAGAGAGAGAAAGUAUAGUGGACAGGGGAGAAAGUGAUUUGGCCUCCUCUUCACAUUGGGGGCACCCCUCCUUUUAUAGGAGGGAGGAGGAGCAUCUUCGGAAGAAUAUUCUCUUAUUCCUCUAUUUUAUUAAACUGGCCCGGUUUGACUAUUCUUCGUAAAAUAAUUGGAAAAUGUGGGCCGAGCCACGUAUUAUUUCCCAUCAAUAAGUCCUCCACUUUUUUAAGUUGUGAGAAUCAUCAACUUGAAAAAGUAAACAAGUCCUCCGAGUGCUAUCUUCUAUCUUCGUACUUUGGAUUCUUAACCGGUUGAUAUUGUUGCUAGUCCUCCGAGUCUUCAUUAGUUCUCCAAUUUCUUGAAUCAGAAGGUUUUCCUGCAAAAAUAAUAUGUACAACAUUUUUUUUCUUGACCGGCCUAUGCCGUGCUCAAAUAAUUUUAUUAUCUUUACCGAGGAGCUCGGUGUUAGGGUGAUUAAACUUCGCGUGAAUAAUUAUCGUAACAAGAGCGAUGUCAGUUCGAUUAAGCAACGAUGCUUCGAGUAGUUAUACGAUACCGGAGUUAGUACGAUGAAGCGGCGGUGCUUCAAGUAGUUAUUUCGUCGAGACCGAUGUUAGUACGAAUUAAGUAAGCGAUACAUGACGAAAUUAGCAUACAGACGACAUUGACGUUAGUUAAUAAGAAUUGAGUACGCUGCAGCAGCUUUGUUGAAGAUCGAUGCUAGCCCGGCUAACUGAUGCAAAUAUCUUUGUGUCAUGUAGAGACCACUUCUGGAAUGCCUUGUUCAAAGGGCCUGAAGAAUCGGGCGUCCCCGAUAAGGGCUCAGCUGAGCCACCGGUGUACCCAAUUCGAUUGGGUUCAGACUUACGAGAAAAUAUGUGCAAGACCGGUGUGUAUAUCAUCCUUGGCCUGUCUCGCGCACAAGAAUGAUAUUUACCAGCGUGCCAGGCCGGGCCUGUGUCACAUAUUUUAAUAUUUUUUUAUUAUACUGAGCUAGACCGGUGUAGUAACCAGCGUGCCAGGCCGGGCCUGUGUCUCAGUCUUCCUCUUUUUUUUUAAUACUAAGCAAGACCGGUGUUGUAACCAGCGUACCAAGCUCGGCUUGUGUCUCAGUCUUCCCUCCAAAUUACCGAAGAUGCAUGCAUCCUAUACAUAAUCAGACAUAAUCAAUUUGCGUGAGAAUAUAUCAUAGCUCCUUAGUGGAGUCUAGUGGCAUGGGAAUACUAGACGAAGUACUUCCCCACAAGAGUAUAAUUCCAAAGGUCAUGGCAGCAAUGGACCCCACCAUCUUGCACUUUGCAUUAUUAUCUCUUCUUGUCCACUUGUUAAUUAUUGGUACAAAGUAUGUACCCACUCUCAAAAUCUGCCAGAUUGUAUCCUUCAUGUGCUGCCCAUCUAUGUUAUCUA